AUGGCAACUCAAAGUGAUACCACAGCUACUUCAGCUAGUAAAGAUACCAUUUCCAAUAAUACUAACUAUAUAUCAUCUAAUUUAGAUCUUGAUCAACAAACACAACAACAACAGAAUGAAAUAGAAAAAGAAAUUGCUGAUCAUCAACCAUUAAUAAGUCAUCUAAUUGAAACAACUGAAUUAAAAAAGGAAUAUCUAUCAGAAGAUCAUAUUUAUCAAGAUAAAGUAUCUGAAUUAAUAAAAAAAUAUAAAUAUAUUCGACGAACACGUGGUGAUGGAAAUUGUUUUUAUCGUGCAUUUGGUUUUGGUUAUCUUGAAGCAAAUAUAAAUAAUCCAACAGAACUUGAUAGAUUUCGUCAAUUAACUUAUGAUUUAAAAGAUAAACUUGUUCAAUUAGGUUAUUUAGAUUUUACUGUUGAAGAUGUUAGAGAUGUGGUUGUUGAAAUAAUCGAUAAUUUACGUAAAAAUGGAAGUGAAGCGAGUUUAAUGGAAACUUUUUGUUCAGUACCACAUUCAGAAUAUUUUGUUGCUUAUUUACGGUUAUUUACAUCGGCUUACUUACAAAUGAAUGCUGAUUUCUUUGAAAAUUUUAUCGAUGAUGGUAAAACAAUAAAACAGUUUUGUAGUAGUGAAGUUGAACCAAUGACACGUGAAUCUGAUAAUAUUCAUAUAACUGCUUUAGCUAAAGCAGCAGCUGUUCCUUUACGUGUUAUAUAUAUGGAUCGAAGUGAACACUCAUUAUUGACAACACAUGAUUUUUCAGCCACUGAUGACGAAAAUCCAAAUACGUUUAAACCAAUGAUUACAAUGCUCUAUCGACC